AUGAGCGUGUGGAAGCGUAAACAUGCGCCCGAUCAGGAACAACUUGUUUGGAAUGUUGAUGACGAAGAUGCAGAAAUAGAUGAUGACCAGGAAAGAAUCGAUGCGGUGGAAAUAAAUGAAAUCAACGAGGACAGCUCAGACGAUGACAUCAUUAGCGAUAUCAUGGAGGUAACGUGGAAAUCGGAAGCAAUAGAAGCCCUCAAAGUUUUUCCCGCAGAGGAAUGGAAAGAAUUUUCUCUCAUGCAGAAAAUCUUCAACGGAGUGUGUUCCCCUGUUAUUUGGCUGAUGAAGAUGACGACCCCGAUUUUGGACGGCGAUGACCUCAAUAAAAGCUGGAAUUUGCCCCUCACUCUGAUGCAAACAUUUUUGAUUCCAAUUUUCAUCUGGCUCUUCACGUAUCAAUAUAAGACGGCUUUUGUUGGACCGAUGCCUGUGAUUGUGAUAGUUUUACUUGUCUCGAUUGUCUUAACAACUGCAGUCUUUUUCACUGCCAAGCUCGACACAGCUCCUGUCUAUUAUCCAAUUUACUCUUUCAUCGGCUUUGUGAUGAGCAUUCUUUGGAUUUAUGUAGAGGCAAAUGAAAUCGUGAAUAUUUUGACUGCAUUCGGCGUAUUUUGGAAUGUAAAUACAACGAUAAUGGGUAUUCUCAUUCUCGCGCCAGCAAAUUCGAUCGGCGAUUUUGUGGCCGAUUUCGGACUCAGCAAAAUUGGAAAGGUUGAGACAGCGAUGGGUGCAAUUUACGCAGGGCCCCUAAUGAACCUCCUGAUAGGUGUUGGUUUGAGUUGCACCAUCGCCAAUCUGACGAACGGUGUACCAGUUCCACUCGAUCUAACAGCGAUCGAGCUUUCUAUGGCAGCCGCGGUAGAAUUAUCUCUGUUUAUGGGAAUAGGUGUGCUAAUCUGCUAUAACUUCCGCUUCCCGAAGUGGGUUGGCCCAGUAUUCGUUGGAUGCUAUUUAGUCGUUCUUGUUAUCACAAUCAUCGCAGACACUGGUGCUUUUGGUACUGUUCCAAAAUAG